GCUGUAUGCGGCGGCGGCGGAGCCGGGUGGAAGGGGCUGCCCGGGCCCUGCCUGAGGCUGUCGCCGCGCUGAGUCGGUGCCUGCCAGCUGGGCCCAGCCCCGAAAUCUUCCGCCGCGCAAAGUUCGAUCGACCAGAGGCGGCUCCGGUGCUCUGGCAGCUUCUCUUGCGCGUGCUCUCACCGCUUGCUGCAAACAAUACCUGGACCGACCUUGCCCCAGAGGCCCAAGCCUGUGUGGUGAAGUCAGCACUGGGCUCCCAAGGCUACCCCAGGUCUGUGCUGCUACAGUUUCCCGACGGCAGCUCUCAGGGAAGCCGGGAACUGCUGCUGGCCCUGUCUUGGCUCCUGGCCCGAGGACCNUUGCUUGAGCAGCUGCUUGCCCAGACCCGUGUGCAGCUGGGUGACCAGUUGCCCCAGUGGGAGGCCCCAACCAGUCCUGGCCCUCCUGCAUCCUUUGUGGAACCAAAGAGCCCCGUGGAUCUCCGACUAGUGGAAUGGCUGAUNGGAAGGCUGCGGUUUAGGUGGCGAUGCCUGAUCUCUAGUCAGCGGGAGCAGUGUACCCUCCUCAGCAAGAUCCACCUGUACACCCAGGGAUGCCACAGCCAACAGAGUCUUGGCCAUCUUUCUGUUGCUGAAACAGAGAUGCUUAGAGAUCCAGAGAGCAGUCAGCAGCUUCUGCAAGCACUGGAGAGUGAGAACAUCCGCCUGGAGGCAGCUCUGGAGUGGCGGCGCCGUGAGCUGGUGUUCUGGCAGUGGAUGGAUACAGUUUUGGAUGCCUGUUCCCCCGAGACUCCUGCUGUGACCUCCCAGCCGCCGGUCCUGCCCACGAUCUCUGAAGGUGGGCUUGGUGAGCUGGAGUCCGUAAAACAAGAGUUGCAGGCCCUGCAGGAGGAGCUACGGGAAGUGGUUGAGCCCCGGCGGGCUGCGUGGGAAGCCCGGGUUGGAGGCCUAGGUCAGGGGCCAGAGUGGAACAACUCAAGGAAGGCCCUGCAGNAGGCUGUCCAGCGGGAGUUGGCAGCCCUGCAGGGGUCCUGGGAGCAAUCCAGUACUCNUGGCCAGCCACAAAGACCCCAUCGAUUGGUGAGAAGUAAAGAUGGGGCACCGAGACCCCAAGGCCUGCAGGCAUCCGAGGUGAUCAGGACACUGAGCGCCAAGGAGGCCUGUCUGAAGAAGACGUUGUACCAACUGCAGCGUCAGAGUCAGCAGGACCUGGCCAGGCUGGCUGGGGCUCUGCCUGGCUUGAUUUGGAUUCUGCCUCCUGGACACUGAAGGCCCUAGGAUGUAGCCAUCUGUGUAGGGGGGUCUCAGAGGCGAGGAGCAGAGAGGUCCGGGCCUGUGUUUCCUCCAGGGCCAGAGCUCUUUUGCCUACGGUUUUGGUGUUACAACAGGCUGGUCCUCCUGAGAUGUUUGGAGGGGACCUAUAUAUACGUAUAUAUAUAUAUAUAGAGCUGUUCCUGGGGACACCUGGCUGCUGCCCUCUUCCGCUGUCCCUUUAUCUUCCUCUUUUUGNCACACUGGGAUGUACGUAGUGUACGGUUGGCACCAUGCUGUAAUCACACAUGCCCCAAAGUCCAGGAAGUAUUGGGCCUCCCUGAGUGGAACA